AUGACGCCAUCCAAUGCUUCCUUAACCACCAGCACUUCCACCAUCAUGAAACACACUGCCGCAGAACCUGAAGGCACAAAAAAGUCCCGCUUUUCUCCGUCUUACUACGACGUGUAUGCUGGCAACCCACCCCCAUCGUCCGCACAAAUGAUGAUGAGCAGCGCUUAUUCACCAGGCCCGGGCACAUACCAUCAGACAACAGCCUCCAAUGCCUUUAGUCAAUAUCCCAGCAGCGCCACUUCGACGUAUGCCAACUACCCGACAGGCAAUGGCAGCCAACAAGCUGCUGGUCUGAACGGACCACCGACGCCACAAUUUGUGCAAAGCACAUCCCUGGGUCCACCCUCGCCUGCUGCAGCGCUGGUAUCUCCCUUUUCGACGCCACAAUUCACCAAUGCGACCACUGCUGCUGGCUAUUCGCCCCACCAUCAUCACCAUCAUCCUCAUCAUCACCCGCACGCGCAUCCGAUGCCAUCGCCGCAACAACUCUCCUCUGCAUCGCACCAGACUGCUCGGACAGUCUAUGUGGGCAACAUUCCCACCGACACGCCUGUGUCUGAGAUUCUCGAUCACGUCAAGGCGGGUCAUGUCGACUCAAUCCGGCCACUUCCGGAAAAGAACUGCGUGUUUAUUACGUUUGUGGAAGCCAGUGCGGCAGCCCAGUUCUACCACGAAACCACGACGACCAAGAAGCUGACCGUGAACGGUGCUGAGCUCCGUGUUGGGUGGGGCCGGCCAAGUUCAAUCCCGACUCAGAUCCACGUGGCAUUGCAAAACGGCGCAAGCAGAAACGUCUUUUUGGGCUCGCUCGAUGGGACGAUCGUCACAGAACAAUACCUGGACGAUCAGCUGUCACGCUUUGGUCCGAUUGAACAUAUCAAGCUGAUCAAGGAUAAGAAUAUCGCCUUUGUCCAUUUUCUCAGCACGUCGAGUGCUAUCAAGUGUGUCGCCUCGUUGCCCAAUGAAAAGGAAUGGGGGUCUCGUCGUGUCAAUUACGGCCGUGAUCGGUGUGCUCCUUCGUCGAAAUCUUCCGCGGCGACGUCGAACCAUUCUUCUUCGACGACAACAACAACAACAACAACAACAGCAACGGCUGGUGCUGGUGGUGCGACGACAACAACUUCGGCAGCUCAGGCAGCCGCAGCAGCUGCAGCCGCAGUAGGUGCAACGACUUAUAUGCCCCAUCAUCAUCAUCCUCACCCUCAUCACCAGGUAUAUCCCUCUUCGACAAGCUACCCCAAUACCUUCCAAGUCCGGUUCCCGUCGACCGUGUCGUAUGAUCCAUAUACGGGUGCAGCUGUCGAAACGUAUCCAGCAUCGCCGGUUGCAGCAGCCAGCGUAGCCGCUGCAGCCGCUGCGGCAGCAGGCAGUCCCUCAGCAACAGCAUCUUUGAUGGGCGUUGCUAACCGCACCAUCUAUUUGGGCAACAUCCACCCGGACACGACAUGCGAAGAAAUCUGCAACGUGAUCCGCGGAGGGAUUCUGAGCCAGAUCCGGUACUUGUCGGACAAGCACAUUGCCUUUGUGACGUUUGUCGAUCCAGCAUUGGCACUGCAUUUCUACAACCAAGCGCUGUACCAUGGACUGGUGAUCAAGAACCGGCGUCUCAAGAUUGGAUGGGGCAAAGCAUCGGCCCUGUCGCCGAUGGUCAUGUCAGCGGUCCAGAACGGUGGAUCGCGCAAUGUCUAUCUCGGCAACAUUGAUGAGACGAUCACGGAGGAAAAGCUCAAGCAGGACUUUUCGGACUAUGGCGAGAUUGAAUUGGUCAACACGCUCAAGGAGAAGAAUUGUGCGUUUGUCAAUUUCACGAGCAUUGCUGCUGCAGCCAGAGCGAUUGAAGGGAUUCGGUCCAAGGAGGAGUACAAGAAGUUCAGGAUCAAUUAUGGCAAGGAUCGGUGUGGUAAUCCGCCUCGUAUGCAUAACAAUGGUCGGCACCCACAGCAGAGUCAGGGGGGUGGUGGUCAGAGUCAGCAACAGCAACAGCAGCAGCAGCAGCAGCAGCAAAAGAUGGAUCCGGCCCUGUUGACGCCGUCAUCGGUUACGGCGGACUCAAAGGACGAGCACCAGCAGCUUGAAGGAGAAGAGGACGACCAAGGCCAACAUCAUUCAACCUGUUCUUCGCAAGAUGCCGUUGUGCCAAAUGUGGAUACGGUCAAUAGUGCAUUAGAGUCUGUGCUUGUGCCGAAUGGGUAA